AUGUCUAAAGACCAAAGGCGGAGAGCUUUAAUAAAGGAAGAAUCUUCGUAUAUUAAGAGGAAAGAGGAACCACAGGAAGUGACCAUCAAAGAAGAGGAAGAGCAGCUGCCAGUAUCUGUCUUAAAGUCGAGUACUGUGAGUGUGAAGACUGAAGAAUCUUCACUGUUUCAAACUGAAUUCAAAGAAGAGGAACCUCAGGACAUCAACACAGAUCCACAUUUACACCCACAGACUGAGGGAGACACAGAAUAUUCUGACAAUGAUGAAGAAAGGGGCGCAGAGACCAACUGUUCAGAUGAUGAAGACUUCUUCAACCAUCACUUUGAGUUGCCUCGUGUAUGA